UCCAUACACCCAUUCGCUGCGGUCGGAAUAAACAUAGCGACAAUCUAUCAAUAUAUCACCUGCAGCAUACAUCCCGGAGUAUCGACCCGGAGUGGGUAUCAGAAUAAAAGCUUGCGUUGACUCACAGCUCAAAAAGCCUGCUGCCACCGCAUCAUUGCUUGCUGCAGUGCGCAUCCCUUCUAGACCGGAAAGCUACGCGCUUAGCAUCAUCCACCAACGCGCGCCGGCUCACAAAGUUGCUGCCCGUUCGCCCCCAGACCUGCGCGCUAUCGCCGCUCGCCGCCGCCGCCGCUACUGCUGCUGUUCCCCAGUUGUGAGUGGCCCUGUCAAAUCGCAGACAUGCCGCACGCAGUCUCAUGGGAGGUCCUCUUUACCUCUUCAGCGGCCGCCGCUUCACAUCAUCAUAAUCACCUACCCUCAUCACACCUCGACGGAGACGUCUCUCCCACUGACGUCGGCAACGUGCACAUCGCUGGCAAAUGCUCAUGCGUCCUGGAAGAUAAUUCCGACCUAGGCCAAUUCCGACGUCGCCAGUCACAACAGGCUACGUCCGUAAAGUCCGACAUGGACUUCAACAUCACUUCCGCCGCGCGACGAUCGAGGAGCUCAACUAGCAGCGAUGUGUCGCGGUUCGAUGAUAAACAAUUCGAACAAUUACGCACACAUCUGACCAAAACAUUAAUCAGAGCGCCGGCAACAUCAGCACCUGCCCCGAGGAGCGAGGCUUCCUCCGAGGCCUCAUGCGAUGCGCCGGACUUGCCAGCGCCCGCACAUCACCGUGGCGGCUCUCUGGCUGCCGCCAUGCAGGGAUCCCUUCAAGGCGGUAGCAUUGCCCUCAAUGAUACGCCGACUUCUACUGCACCAAACAGCCCUUUGAUCAGCGCAUCGACAUCCAGCGAUGGUCCACCGUCCGUUACACUCUCCGCACCUGCACUCCGUCCGCGAUCAGGCUCCGCGACGCCACGUAUACGGCCCACGACUUUGGACAUUCCUGGUCUGACAAAGAGCAAGGUAUCACCUGACGGUAGGAUAUCUCAGCGCGAUGUCGGUAGCAAACUGGUCAUCGUUAUGGUCGGUCUGCCCGCGAGAGGAAAGAGUUACAUCACGAAAAAGUUGGCCCGUUACCUGAAUUGGUUACAACAUGACACACGGAUAUUCAACGUUGGCGAGCGUCGCCGUACCGUUGCUGGUGGCCCGCACACCUCUGAGAAGGUCCUAUCUUCAACGUCACGAACGCCAGCUUCUGCGGUCCCUCCACUACCUGCAACAGAGGCGGCGAAGGAUGCGCCCACGCCCACGAAGAUUCUCCUGAAUGGCGAGGAGCAGCUCGAAGCGCCAUCGGCUGCAGAUCUCGCCUCGCACAAAGUUGACAGCUUUCUCGAUGCUAAAGAGACGCUCGCCAGUGAAAUAUUUGCCCAGGAUGCUCCUGCAGCGGAGGAAGAGAAUAUGGAGCACAAUUCGGGAUUUUUUGAUCCUUCCAAUCAACGCGCAUCACGGAUUCGCGAGCAGGUCGCUCGUGAAACGCUUGAUGAGCUGCUCGACUACAUCCUGGUCCAGGGCGGCAGCGUUGGUAUCCUCGACGCCACCAAUAGUACGAUGGAGCGGCGGAAGAUGGUGAUGGAUCGUAUACGAGAGCGCGCAGGCCCACAACUCAACGUCCUAUUUCUUGAGUCGCGAUGUGUCGACAAAGAGCUUCUCGAAGCAAAUAUGCGAUUGAAGCUCAACGGUCCUGAUUAUCGCAACAAGGAUCCUGCCAAAGCUCUGGAAGAUUUCCGGAAGCGAGUGCAAGAGUACGAGAAGGCAUACGUGCCGCUAGGACAAUACGAAGAGGACAAUGACAUGCCAUACAUCCAGAUGAUUGAUGUCGGCCGAAAGGUCAUCAGCCAUCAAAUCAAGGGCUUCCUGAUGGCCCAGGCCAACUACUAUCUACUCAACUUCAACCUCACACCCCGACAAAUCUGGAUCACACGACACGGUCUCAGUAUGGACAAUGUUUCUGGCAAGAUCGGAGGCGACAGCGAGCUGGCCGCAGAAGGUGUGGAAUAUGCCAAAGCUCUAACUCGAUUUAUGGAUGAGCGACGGCGAGAAUGGGACAUGAAGCAACAAAUCAGCCAGGAGAAUACUCAUUUCCCUCCCUUGCCUGGCGAUUCUACUCCACCGAAUCCACACUACCACCCCCACGCGCAAGAUGUCAAUGGUCGAGACAUUCCCGACACGGCAUCGCUCGAGGUUUUCAACCAAAAAGCGUUCUGCGUCUGGACGUCGAUGCUCAAGCGCAGCAUUGACACUGCUCAGUUCUUCGACGAGGAAGACUACGACAUCAAGCAGAUGCGUAUGCUGGAUGAGCUCAACGCGGGCGUCAUGGAGGGUCUCACAUACUCAUGCAUCUCCAAGCAAUAUCCCGAUGAAUACGUCGCCCGCAAGGCCGACAAGUUGCACUAUCGCUACCCAGGUCCCGGCGGCGAAGGCUACCUCGACAUUAUCAAUCGCCUGCGACCAGUCAUCGUCGAGCUUGAGCGGAUGACUGACCAUGUGCUCCUCAUCGGACAUCGCAGCGUCGCCCGUGUCCUGCUGGCGUACUUCCUCGGCUUGGGCCGUGAGGUCGUCGCCGACUUGGAUGUACCGAUCGGCAUGCUCUACUGCCUCGAACCCAAACCUUACGGCGUCGACUUCAAGGCCUAUCAAUGGCAGCCGGCGCAGCAAUGGUUCACUGAAGUGCCCGACUUCAAACUCAAGCGCGCCGCGCACGACAUGCAAUAAUUGCAAUGUCUUUCAUAUUCUCUUUCGCUCGUUGACAUGAUGCUAUCGUCACUCCCCUCGAUGGCCAUUCAUUCAGCGCGUCCAUUUUCUCCUCAUCAUCGCUCUAGCGCGGCGUUUUCUCUCCGGCGCCACUUGGCCCUCUAUCGUGGUAUCCAGCGUCAUCCUUCAUGCCGCUCUACUUUUAUGUUCUUCCUCACAAGCGGUCACCCACCCCAUGAUCGCUCGCCGUUCUUCGAU